UCUCUCUCACUCGCUCAGUGUGAGACCGAACAAUGGCUGAGGCUGGUAUUUUAGCAGAUCAGGAUCAGUUCAGAUGUCUGUUGUGUUUGGAACUCCUGACGGAUCCAGUGGCUAUUCCCUGCGGCCACAGUUUCUGUACGGUGUGUAUUAAUGGUCACUGGAAUCAAAAGGAUGUCCACAGCUGUCCUCAGUGUAGAGAGAUUUUCACUACAAGGCCUGUAUUAUACAGGAACAACAUACUGGCUGAAGUGGUGGAGAAACUGAAGAAGACUGAACUCCAAGCUGCUUCUGCUCACUGUUACGCUGGACCUGGAGAUGUGGAGUGUGAUUCCUGCACAGGGAGAAAGCGCAAAGCUGUUAAUUCCUGUCUGGUUUGUCAGGCCUCCUUUUGUGAAGAUCAUCUUAAACCUCACUAUCAGUCUCCUGCUUUUAAGAAGCACAAGUUAGUUGAAGCCUGUGAGGAGCUCCAAGAGAGGAUCUGCUCUGAACAUGACAAACUGAUGGAGAUCUACUGUCGUACUGACCAAAGCCUCAUCUGUUACUUGUGUACGAUGGAAAAACACAAAGGUCAUGAUUCAGUUUCAGCUAAAACAGAAAGAUCUGAAAAACAGAAUGAUGUAAAGGAGGAGCUGAUGAGAUUCCAGCAAAGGAUCCAGGAGAAGCAGAAGAAGCUUCAGGAGGUGAAACAGACUGUGGACAUUAUUAAGAGUCGUUCACAAGCAGCUGUAGAUGACAGUGAGAGGAUCUUUACUGAACUGAUCACCUCCAUGGAGACUAAGCGCUCUGAGGUGAUGGAGCUGAUCAGAGCUCAGGAGAAAGCUGAAGUGAGUCGAGCUGAACGACUCCUGAAUCAACUGGAGCAGGAGAUUGCUGAUCUUAAGAGGAGAGUCACGAAGCUGGAGCAGCUUUCACACACACAUGAUGACAUCCACUUUCUCCAGAGUUUCUCGUCUCUCUGUGAUUCUCCUGGAUGUGACGACUCACUCAGCUUCACUGUCAAUCAACAUGUCUCAUUUGAUGGAGCGAGGAAAUCUCUCUCAGAUCUGAAACAACAAGUCGAGGAAAUCUGUGAGGAGGAAUUCAACAAAAUCCAACCACAAGCUGCAGCAGUUCAGACAGAUUUACCUUCAGAACCAAAUAGCAGGGAAGAUUUUCUGAAGUGUUUCCAUUGUCUGACUCUGGAUCCAAACACAGCAAAUCGCCAACUCAUUCUUUCUAAUAAUAACAGAGUGGUGACACGCAGUAGGAAACAACAGCAAUACCCUGAUCAUCCAGAGAGGUUUGACUACUGGACUCAGGUGUUGUGUAAGGAGAGUGUGUGUGAACGCUGUUACUGGGAGGUGGAGAGGAGCAGUAACAUGCUCAUAUCAGUCUCAUAUAAAGAGAUCAGCAGGAAAGGAGGGGGUGAUGAGUGUUUGUUUGGACAUAACAGUCAGUCCUGGAGUCUGCGGUGUUCUUCUUCCUCUGUCUCUUUCUGGCACAACAGCAUUGAGACUAAGCUCCAAGGUUCAUCACCCUCCAGAAUAGGAGUGUAUGUGGAUCACAGCGGAGGAACUCUGUCCUUCUACAGCGUCUCUGACACCAUGAGGCUCCUCCACAGAGUCCACACCACAUUCACUCAGCCUCUAUACGCUGGAUUCUGUAUAUGGAAGUAUGAUUUACCCGUGUCUUUGUGUGAUCCCUAAUAAUAUGUUUCAGUGGCAUUGUUAUGUGCAGAAACUGUAACAUUUAUGUUAUAAUUAUUUUUCACUUAUUUAUGAUUAGACUUGGGGUUCUAUUCACAAAUAAUUGACAUAUUAUUAAAACAUUAUAAAUUCACUCAUUUUAUAAGAUUUAUUACACCGAUAUAAAAUUUUUUUACAAUGUUUCCAAAAAUGUUUUUGUUUUUUUUAUGCAUGUCUUCAAAAAAUAAUAAAACUUUCUGAAACUGCUG